AGAUCCGAAUGCAAGUCAUUCAUCCGAAUUUCACUACAAAUUUUGAGAGAUUCACUACUUUCAUGUGUCAAUUCUCUCAGUUUCAAGCACACAUCGGCAAAUCCGACUCCUCUUCUACCAUUUCUGAUCCGAUCGGUCCUUAUUUUUUUCAUCCAGAAGAAAGUUUUGGAACUCCUCUGAUUCCGCUCUAGCUAACGCCUCAAAAUUAUUACCAGUGGUCGCAUGACAUGUGGAGAGCACUGAGAUCGAAGAACAAGGUGAAGUUCCUUGAAGGAUCGAUUUCGAAACCGACCGAAGGCGAUCCUACUUUCGAAGCAUGGGACAGGUGCAACAAUUUUUUUCUCUCUUGGAUCAACCUCUCUCUCAGUCCUGAGAUUGCUAAAAGCGUGUUGUGGAUUAGUUCAGAUGCAGAUUUGUGAAACGAUUUGAGGCAUCCUUAUUCGCAUGGAGAUGUUUUUCGAGUAGGUGAGUUAAAAGAGGAAUUCUAUGCACUCAAACAAGGUGAUCUCUCUAUCACUUCUUAUUUUACAAUGUUGAAGGCUAUUUGGGAAGAAUUAGAAAAUUUACAUGCCAUCCUUAAUUGUGUUGCUUGUGUGAGCGGUUGCUCUUGUGGAUUAAAAAUCGUUCGAGAUCAUACAUCUGAAGAAUAUGUUGUUAAAUUUUUAAGAGGUUUGAAUGAAUAAUAUUCCACUGUUAAAUCACAAAUUAUGCUUAUGAAGUCAUUCCCUGAAAUCAACACUGUGCUAGUUAUGCUAACUCAACAGGAACGACAGUUGAAUUGUGAGUUGUCUGGUAGCAAAAUUGUAACUAAUUCUUUGGAAGUGCAAUCCUCAGCUGGAGGUGGUUCAUUCCCAGCGAGAGGCGGAGGCCAUGGGAGAAGUACAGGUAGAGGAGGCACUCAGAAAUCCUAUGGUCGAGAAUACACUUCCAAGCUUUGUAGCUACUGUAAUCGAAUUGGUCAUUUAGCAGAAACUUGCUGCAAGAAAAACGGCUUUCCUGCUCACUUAAAACAGCGAGUAGCUAAUCAAAUCAGCACUGAAGGGACAGUUGAGAAUUCCAGUGCUGAGAUCACUGAUUCUGGCUCGGAUGAAAAGAGUAGCAAUAAAGUACUAGAGUUAACUCCAGAUCAGAAAGAAACUUUACUGGCUCUCCUCCAACAACCAUUCAUGCCAGCUUCCAAUAGUGUUAACCACAUCUUUUCUUCAGCCACCCUCACUCAGCCAAAAGGUACUCCCAUCAUUGAAGAUGAUUGGGCAAACGUCAUUGGUGAUCUCUAUGUGAUGAAUGCUCAACCCUGAAAACUAACUACACCAGCAGUUCAUAUACCCUCAAUAAAUCUGACAAUGGAGCAAAAUCUAGGAGCCUUAUGGCAUGCUAGACUAGGUCAUCUACCAUAUAGCAGAAUGUCCAUAAUGAAAAAUACAUUUUCAUUCAUCGAGUGCAUCUCAUCAUCUCAUGUUUGUGAUUCUUGUCACUUUGCUAGACAAAAGAAAUUGUCAUUUUCUACUAGUAACACACUCUGAAAGUGUUUUUGACUUAAUACACAUAGAUAUUUGGGGGUCACUCUCAAUUCUAUUAACUUUUGGCUAUAAAUACUUUCUUACUAUUGUA